AGGCGGCAGCGGGCGGGGCGGGGGCGGCAGCGGGGCCGGGGCUCAGCGCCUUCCCAGAUUUUGGAGGAUCCCGAGCCAGGAAAAUCGAGGUGGACCCCCAGGAUUAUUCCCGUUCCUGGCCCUUCCCAGCCAUGGACGGGGGCGGCUGCAGCAGCUCCGGGGCCGAGGGCGGGCAGCGCCUCUGCGGCGUCUGCGGGGACCGAGCCAGCGGCUUCCACUUCAACGCCAUCACCUGCGAGGGCUGCAAGGGCUUCUUCAGGAGGAGCAUGAAGAGGAAUGCCAUGUUCACCUGUCCCUUCAGCGGGCAGUGCCACAUCACCAAGGACAACCGGCGGCACUGCCAGGCCUGCCGGCUGAAACGCUGCCUGGACAUCGGCAUGAUGAAGGAGUUCAUCCUGACGGACGAGGAGGUGCAGAGGAAGAGGGAGCUGAUCCUGAGGAGGAAGGAGGAGGAGGCGCUGAGGGAAAGCCUCAAGCCCAAACUCUCCGAGGAGCAGCAGAAAGUCAUCGACGUGCUGCUCGAGGCCCACCACAAAACCUACGACCCCACCUAUGCCGACUUCACCAAAUUUCGGCCCCCUGUGAGGAGCCACCCCAGCAGCAGAGGGGACACCAAGCCCUCAUCCCUGCUGGCCCAUGACCUGUCCUCGGAGGAUUCCUCGGAUCUCUUCAGCUCCUUCAGCACCUUCCCAGAGCCCGCGGAGCCGCCGCCGUUCCCCGGCCUGGCCGAGCCGGACGAGCAGGAGCAGAGCUCCUCGGCCAGCCUGGAGCUCUCGCAGCUCACCAUGCUGCCUCACCUGGCCGACCUGGUCAGCUACAGCAUCCAGAAGGUGAUCGGCUUCGCUAAGAUGAUCCCGGGCUUCAGGGAUCUGUGCGUGGAGGACCAGAUUGUGCUGCUCAAGUGCAGCGCCAUGGAGGUGAUCAUGCUGCGCUCCAACGAGUCCUUCACCCUCGAGGACAUGUCCUGGAGCUGUGGCAGCCCCGACUUCAAGUACAGGGUCAGCGAUGUCACCCAGGCCGGGCACAGCAUGGAGCUGCUGGAGCCGCUGGUGAAGUUCCAGGUGGGGCUGAAGAAGCUGAACCUGCACGAGGAGGAGCACGUGCUGCUCAUGGCCAUCUGCAUCCUGUCCCCAGACCGGCCGGGCGUGCGGGAGCCGCAGCGGGUGGAGGCGCUGCAGGAGCGGCUCUCGGAGGUGCUGCAGAGCUACAUCCGCGCCCGGCACGCUGCGCCCGGCAGCCGCCUGCUCUACGCCAAGAUGAUCCAAAAACUGGCGGAUCUACGCAGCCUGAACGAGGAGUACUCGAGGCAGUACCGCUGUCUGUCCUUCCAGCCCGAGCACAGCAUGCAGCUCACGCCGCUGCUGCUCGAGGUGUUCGGCAAUGAGAUCUCCUGAGCGCCCGCACGGCCCCGAGCGGCCCCCGCGCCCCGCGGGAGGGAGGAGCUGAGCCCCGCGCCGGGGUCUGGGGUCUCUGCUCCCUCCGCGGGGGUUUUGGGGCCGGGCUGCCUCGGAUCGCUGCUUUUUUUGGCCAAUGUGUGGAAGGGAAAGUGCCGGGAGAUGAACCCAGAGGCAGCUGAGAAAGCCCCGAGAGGGGAAAUGUCCUCGACCCUCGAAGGGAAGAGCAGGACGAGCUUUGUUUGCACUCCCUGGGAAUGGGGGAGCGGGGGAAUCCCAGGAGACACCCCCACCUUGGAGCUGGACCCCUCUGCGGGAUGGGGCGAUGACUCCCGGAUGGGACAGGGACCCCUGGGAAUGGGACAGGGACCCCUGGGAUGGGACAGGGACCUCUGGGAAUGAGACAGGGACCCCUGGGAUGGGACAGGGACCCCUGGGAAUGAGACAGGGACCCCUGGGAAUGGGACAGGGACCCCUGGGAUGGGACAGGGACCCCUGGGAAUGAGACAGGGACCCCUAGGAAUGAGACAGGGACCCCGGUUCCAGCUCGGCUUCCUCCCCCUGCCCUGUUCUGGAGGCGGCUCCGCGCCGGAGCCAGUCCUGGGAAGGGGGAGGUGGGAGCUGGGGGGCUCCAGAGCCCUGGGAAGAGCCAGCACAGCCCCCCUGGACCUUGAGCAAUGCUCAGAGGGUCCCCAAUAGCCGGAGGGUCCCCAAUGGCCGGAGGGUCCCCAAUGGCCGGAGGGUCCCCCAUGGCCAGAGGGUCCCCCAUGGCCAGAGGGUCCCCAGUGGCCGGAAGGUCCCCAACAGCCGAGGGUCCCCAGCUCGGGCCAAUAAACUCCUGUUUGGGAAAAUCAA